ACGAUGGCCAAAGUUAGUGAUGUGGACAACAGGCCGGUACAGCAGGGCUUCCGGCGCGAAAGUGACGAGGGCAAAGUGGCCGACGACAAGGAUGGAGCUGGAGGCAUCGAGAUGAAGAAGGAGCUAGGGCUGAUGGAUGGUGUGGCGAUCAUUGUCGGUGUGAUUGUUGGUGCCGGUAUCUUUGUGUCGCCGAAGGGUGUGCUGCUCUAUUCCGGCUCGAUCGGUGUAGCCAUCAUCGUGUGGAUACUGUCCGGUGUGCUCAGUAUGGUGGGUGCGCUAUGUUACGCAGAACUAGGCACAAUGAUACCAAAGUCUGGAGGCGAUUACGCAUACAUUGGCGAAGCGUUCGGACCACUGCCAGCGUUCCUGUACCUUUGGGUGGCACUGUUGAUUCUCGUCCCGGCUGGCAAUGCCAUCACGGCGAUCACAUUCGCCCAGUAUCUGCUGCAACCGUUGUGGCCCACCUGCGAACCACCGUACGAAUCGGUGCGACUGCUAGCGGCGGUUAUAACCUGCCUGCUGACCGCCAUUAACUGUCGCAACGUGAAAUGGGUAACGAGAGUGACGGAAACGUUCACGGGGAUGAAGGUGUUGGCACUGUUGGUAAUUACCGGUGCCGGUGCCUGGCAUCUGAUGAGUGGAAACACGGAGCUGCUCGAGUCUCCGUUUGCCAACUCGAAGAUUCAACCAGGAUUCAUUGCGGUCGCUUUCUACAAUGGGUUGUUUUCAUACUCGGGCUGGAAUUAUCUUAACUUUGUGACGGAAGAGCUCAAAGAUCCUUACCGAAAUUUACCCCGUGCCAUCUGCAUCAGUAUGCCGGUCGUCACCAUCAUCUACGUCAUCACAAACAUUGCAUACUUUGCCGUACUGCCACCAGACGAGAUGCUUUCCUCGCAAGCCGUUGCGGUUACAUUUGCGGAAAAAAUGCUCAGCUUUAUGGCCUGGACGAUGCCACUUUUUGUCGCUUGCUCAACGUUCGGAUCGCUGAACGGUGCCAUCUUUGCCUCGUCGCGACUUUUCUUCGUGGGUGCACGUAAUGGACAUCUUCCGGCAGCACUUUCACUGAUCAACAUCAACUGCUUAACACCGAUUCCUUCGCUGCUUUUUUUGUGUGCCCUCACGCUGCUGUUGCUCUUCAUCCGGGACGUGUUUGCGAUCAUCAAUUACGUCAGCUAUGUGGAAAUUCUGUUCAUCUUCAUUUCGGUGGCAGGACUGCUGCGGUUACGACAAAAAGCUCCUGAUGCUCACCGUCCUAUCAAGGUCUCUCUAAUUGUACCGGUAGUGUUCCUGCUGACGGCAGGGUUUUUAGUCAUAUUCUCUGUCUUCGAGUCCCCAAUGGAGGUAGGCAUCGGAACAGUGGUCAUACUGCUCGGAAUUCCCGUGUACUACGUUACGAUUGGAAAACCAUGGCGUUGGCUGACACAGAAAUCCCAAACGUUCAAUCGAUUCUGCUCGAAAUUGUUCCUCUGUAUGCCCAACAGCGAAAAGCUUGAUUAAUGAUGAUAAGCACAACUCG